CCUUCGAUCACCAUUCAUUUUAUAGAUAAAAUUCAUAUAUAAGAUCAAAGUUUAUUUAUACACACAGAGAGAAAUUAAGAUGGGAGAAGACAGAAGGAUGAUGGUAGAGAAAGAAAGCGCAGCUCUAGACGUUGAAGUGAGCAGAAAUGAAGAGUUUGAUGAUGAUGGUAGGCCGAGAAGAACUGGGACUGUGUGGACUGCAAGUGCACAUAUAGUAACAGCAGUAAUAGGCUCUGGUGUUCUCUCACUAGCAUGGUCAAUGUCUCAGCUUGGAUGGAUAGCUGGCCCUGUGACACUCUUCCUUUUCUCCAUCAUCACCUUCUUCACUUCCAGUCUCUUAACGAACUGUUAUCGGGCUCCUCAUCCCGUAACGGGUAAAAGGAACUACACUUACAUGGAGGCAGUGAGGUCUAAUCUUGGAGCAACUCAGGUUUGGCUUUGUGGGAUUUGUCAGUAUGUCAAUCUCAUCGGAACAGCAAUCGGUUAUACGAUUACAGCGUCGAUUAGUGCUGCGGCAAUAAGCAAGGCAAGUUGUUUCCACAAAAAAGGCCAUGAAGCUGAUUGCAGUGUUGCCGACACCUUUUACAUGGUCGGAUUUGGUGUGAUUCAAAUUUUCCUCUCUCAGCUUCCAAACUUCCAUGAGCUCUGGUGGCUUUCGAUUCUUGCUGCAGUCAUGUCUUUAACUUACUCCUUCAUUGCCAUUGGCCUCUCCAUGGCCAAAAUAAUUUCAGGAAACACCGGGAAGACCAGUAUCACUGGCGUUGAAGUUGGAGUUGAUGUAGAUUCGGCUCAGAAAGUUUGGAAAGCAUGUCAAGCACUAGGAGAUAUUGCGUUCGCAUAUUCCUACUCUAUGCUUCUAAUAGAAAUCCAGGACACUUUGAAAUCACCUCCAGCAGAGAACAAGGUAAUGAAGAAGGCUAGCUUUAUUGGAGUAUCAACAACCACCACAUUUUAUUUCCUUUGUGGUUGUCUCGGUUAUGCUGCAUUUGGAAACAAGGCACCAGGAAAUAUAUUGACUGGUUUUGGAUUCUAUGAACCCUUUUGGUUGAUCGACCUUGCCAACAUCUGCGUUAUUAUCCAUUUGGUUGGUGCAUUUCAGGUAUUUUGCCAACCAAUUUUUUCAGUAGUUGAGACAUUGAUCACCAGAAGGCACCCGAACAUAAAAUUUCUGACCAAUGAAAAAACCCUAAUCAUUGGUAAAAGCUUCAAAUACAAGAUCAAUCUUUUCCGACUAAUUUGGAGAACAUGUUUUGUGAUCGUGGUAACAUUUCUAGCGAUCCUCAUGCCUUUCUUCAAUGAUAUACUCGCGUUCUUGGGUGCUGUAGGGUUCUGGCCUCUUACAGUUUACUUCCCAAUUGAGAUGUACAUUGCUCAGAGUAAUAUUAAGAAAUUCAGUAAGAAAUGGAAUUUGUUGCAGAGUUUGAGCAUACUCUGCUUGUUGAUUUCACUAUCUGCAGCAGUUGGAUCUAUUGAAGGAGUGGUGGAUUCACUUAAGCAUUAUACUCCUUUUGAGACAAAAUCAUAAGGAGCCGAUACGUUUGAAGAAGUCAUUUUGAUGUCCUUUUUUGAUAUUUAUUUGCUGUAAUUGCUCAUAGUUUCCGAUUCAAUAAGAAAUUUUGCCUGGAGUUGCAGAAAACUA